AUCUGCCUAUGCGACAGCCGCCAAUGCGACUUUGUGACGAGGCGGCUCGAGACGAUGCGGGACCACAUGCCAAGGCAUAGGAGGACGGCGUCGGAGCACUAUACAAGAGAGGAGACAGUAGCGCCGCUCUGGGCGCCCUGCGUUUUGCAGACCUACUUCACGGCCGGGGGGCGGAUCGACUACUUUGUGGUCGAGACUAACGAGGGGCCGCCACGGCUAGGCCUAGAUACCGCGGCGCCGUGCGUGGACGCCACCGGCCCUCCGCCCUCGUCACCGGAGAGGCAGGUCUUUAAGGGGCUCCGGGAGGACAUACGGCAAGCGGGCCGUGAUCCCGACGCGAAGGCGGCUAUCGUCGAGGGCCCGGGCCCAGGGCGGGCGGACAAGCAGCGCUGGCUCGUCUAUACAGGCUUCCUAACGCACCUCGAGGGGCUCGCGGACGCGGAGAUCCAGUCCUCGUUCCAGCUCCCUAAGGUAACGAGCGUUCUAUUCCCCGGCAGCGUAGCGGGAGUGGACCGUCCUUAA